CCCCUGUCUUCCUGAACAGCACCUCGAGCGAGCACCGCCCGCCCUGCUGCCAGGGCCCGGACACCCGAGCUCCAGCCAUGGCUUCUCUGCUCGCCAAAGACUCCUACCUGCAGAACCUGGCCAGGAAAAUCUGCGCCCAGCCCAGCGCGGAGCCGCAGAAGCGCAAGUGGGCUGGCCAAACUGAAAACUCGAAAGCUGCUGGGCCCUCCAAAAAGAAAAGGAAGAAAACACAGAAGAAAUUCCAGGAGCAGAGAGAGAAGGCUGCGGAGCACAAGGCCAAGUCUGUGGAGAAGUCUCCAGCAGCUUCUGGGGCCAAGGAAUCAGUGACGACUGAAGAGGGGGAGGCCUCCACCGUGGCCCCUGCAGAACGCCCGACCCCAGAACCUGACUCUUUCUUUGCCCUGGAUGUCCUGCGGCAGCGGCUGCACGAGAAGAUACAGGAGGCGCGGGGCCAGGGCAGCACCAAGGAGCUGUCCCCCGCCACUCUGGAGAAGAGGCGCCGGAGGAAGCAGGAGCGAGACCGGAAAAAGAGGAAGCGAAAGGAGCUGAGAGCAAAGGAGAAGGCAGCUAAGGCCGGGAAGACCGAGGUGGCUACUGAGCCAGCCCCCGUGGCGCCCUGCCCGGAGCCGCAGGAGCAGACAGGGCUGAUCUUUAAUAAGGUGGAGGUGGGCGAGGAGGAGCCGGCCAGCAAGGCGCAGCGGCAGAAGGAGAAGAGGCAGCAGGUGAAAGGCAAGCUGACGCCCCUGACGGGCAGGAACUACCGGCAGCUGCUGGAGCGGCUGCAGGCGCGGCAGGCGCGGCUGGAGGAGCUGCGGGAGCGGGACACGGGGCAGGCGCAGGCGCUGGAGGCCAAGAUGCAGUGGACCAACCUGCUGUACAAGGCGGAGGGUGUGAAGAUCCGCGACAGCGAGCCGCUGCUGCAGGAGGCCCUCAAGCGCAAGGAGAAGCGGCGGGCGCAGCGGAAGCGUAAGUGGGAGAAGCGCACGGCGCAUGUUGUCGAGAAGAUGCAGCAGCGGCAGGACAAGCGGCGGCAGAACCUGCGCAAGAAGAAGGUGGCCAAGGCUGAGCGGCGCAUGGAGAAGGCCCGCAAGAAGGGCCGGAUCCUGCCGCAGGACCUGGAGCGGGCCGGCCUGGUCUGA